AUGUCUAUCCUAUCUGCAGCCAGGGGCGAGAGUGCACAAGCAAGAUCCUUGUACCGUCAACUAUUACGGCAAGGCGAACAGUUUGCGUCAUACAACUUCAGAGAGUACGCUAAGCGGAGGACGAAAGAUGCAUUCAGAGAGCAUAAGGAUGUCACAGACGAGAGAGAGAUCCAGGAGCUGAUGCAGAAGGGCUUGAAGGAGUUGCGAUCAAUGAAGAAGUGCGGCGCGGGCAUAUCGUUCGGUCUCUACGGCCGUUGGGCAAGCGGAAAUCAGAGAGCCUUGCUGAUCCAUAAUCAAAAGAGACAAACCGUCGUCAGUCAGUUCUUUCAACUGGACAGAUUAGUUGUGGAGGGUGGAAAAUCGGGAAAGCAAGGAGGUCGGAGAAACGAUUUAGUCAGACAAAAGGACACUGGAUGGGAUUGA